UGCGGGGUGCUAUCUGACGUGGCGCUGACUAGGUUGCUUCCCUCCCAACCUCACUCUCCAAGAGCAACUCCCACAGAGAGCGAGCAGAGCAAGGAUCGAUUUCGCACCAGCCCAGCCGUCUAGGGUUUCUCUCCCCAACAAAUUCAAACCCUGAUUCGAUUACUUCCUUUCUCCGCAGCCCAAAACCCUAAAUUUUCUCCCACCUUCCCCCCAAAAACCCUAGCGCCCUACAUUCUCAAUUCCCCUUAACCCCUAAAUCCCGGGGUUUUAAAAUCCUCCAUCAAGUUAGGGUUUUUGUUUGUGGACUUCUCCUACGUAAAAAAACUAAAGAUAUUACCUUUAAUUCGUUUCGGUUUCCAGGGUUUUUGUUCAAAUUAGGGUUUUUGAGAGCUCGUUUACAUGUAUGGCUUCAGGGCUCUUAGGCGGUGACGAAGCGAGAGAGAAGAAGCGCAGGUGGGAGGAGAGCAACAAAGUCUAUACCCGAAAGCAAAACAAGAAACCCAAGAAUUCCAACAAUGUGUCCUCCCAAACCCUAGCCACCACCACCGAAGACAACAACUCUCAACAGGCGCGGAGUUCCGAUGCGGCGGCUUCUGAUGAUUCGUCUAGCCUCAAUCUCCCGCAGCCGGUAGCACAGAGCGAUCGUGAGCUCGCCAAUGGGAAUGGCUUGCCGGGUUAUACGAGUUUCGAGAACCGGGUUAGGAUUAGCGUGAGUUCGAGGUCGAAGAGUGAGGUUAGAGAGCUUAGGAGGAAGCUAGUGAGUGAGCUUGACCAAGUGAGGGGCCUAAUGAAGAAGCUUGAAGAUGCGGUUGAUAGGGUUGGGAGUGCAAUGAGGGUCAAUUCAGAGGUGGGUUCCAAUUCGAAGCCGUUUCGGGCUGUGGCGGAGACUAAUGAUCAAUGGGUUGGUGAAUUAGUGGAGAAAGAGAAGAGGACGCCCAAGGAAAAACAGUAUCAUAAGAAUUCGAAUUUGGUUUCAAGGAAGGAAAGUAACAAGAAGUUGAAAUCCAAUGGAGGGAAGAGGGAUGGUGGGCGUGAAAUGGGAUUCAUGGUUGACAGGGAUUGGCAUUCGAGUCCGGUGUUUAAGAGCUGUAGUGAUUUGCUCACCAAGUUGAUGAAGCAUAAGUUUGGUUGGGUGUUUAAUAAGCCAGUGGAUGUGAAGGGUCUCGGACUUCAUGAUUACCAUACCAUUAUAAAGCACCCUAUGGAUUUGGGAACGGUGAAGAACAGGCUGAGCAAGAAUUGGUAUAAGUCGGCAAGGGAGUUUGCAGAGGAUGUAAGACGUACGUUUAGUAAUGCCAUGUUGUAUAAUCCAAAAGGGCAGGAUGUUCACUUCAUGGCUGAGCAGCUGUCCAAGAUAUUUGAUGACCAAUGGAAGCCCAUAGAGGUCGAGUUUAAUCGUACUAGGAGAAUUGAAAAGGCUCAUGAUGCAGGUUUGUCAACACCCACUUCAAGAAAGGCUCCAAUGCUAGCUCGAGCUCGAGCUCCUGCUCCGGCUUCAGUUCUAGCGCCUGCUCCUCCACCACCAGUGGAAAUGAGGACUUUGGAUAGAUCAGAAUCUAUGACAAUGCCUGUGGAGCCCAAAUUGAAAGCUGCUAGCUCUGGUCAGCUGGGUAGGAUCACCGUUCCGAAGAAACCUAAAGCUAGGGAUUUUGAAAAAAGGGACAUGACUUACGAGGAGAAGCAGAGGCUCAGCUUAAACCUUCAGAGUUUGCCUUCGGAGAAACUAGAUAAUAUUGUCCAGAUAAUUAGGAAGAGGAAUCCUGGGAUGUUUCAACAAGAUGAUGAGAUUGAAGUGGACAUGGCAAGUGUUGAUCCAGAAACACUUUGGGAACUAGAUAGAUUUGUGACCACUUACAAGAAGAGUUUGAGCAAGAAUAAGAGAAAAGCUGAACUUGCUCCUAAUUCAGAGGCAGAAACCGACCGUGCUACCCAGGAGACAAAUCUGGCUCCAGCCAUUGCCGAGGCACCAAAAGAAACUGAACCAGCUGAAAACCAUACUACCAAAUUCACCCCAGUUCAAGGAGAAAAAAAGCAAGGUGAUAACAUGAGUGGAUCGAGUAGUUCCGGUGGCAGCGGCUCUGGAUCCUCUUCAAGUGAUUCUGACAGUGAUAGUCCCUCUGCUUCUGGAUCAGAUGCGGAGCAUUUACCUUGAACUUAAGAGGAUCCAGUUGAGGUCUCUGUGCGCAUGUGUGUGUAUUCUUUGCCCAUGAACACACAGUCGCAUGUGGGAGUGUGUAUGGCACCAGUUACCAGAUAAUGAAGCCAAAGUUGAUAGGCUCACUGAUUUUGCUGCAGUUGUUAAAGAUGGGAGAUGUACGUUGAUCUGCAACUGUGACAACUGAAGAUUUUUGAGAAGCUGAUUUUGCGUGGGUUCUGGUUUGGUGUAGAACCAUUCAAGGUGCUUUGCUUUACGGCUGCUCUGUUAAAUGCCUUGUGGUCGGAAUAUUUACAACUUUUAAUACUUUUAUUUAUAGGUGUUUUCUUGUAAUCCAUUUCUUUUUUUCUUUUUUGAUUGUCUCCUGUUUUUUAAGCAUUUUGUAUGAUAAGGUAGAUACCGUAAUGACAGGAACCCUUAUUUUUUUUUUUUUGUAACAAAUGUUCAUUGCUACCAACCGCUAGUCAUCCCUGAUUUGAGAAUGCUGAUGCUGGGGUUUCCUGUUUGUCCUGUCAGCAUUUGCGUCAACAUUGUUGUUCAUUUAACUUUGAUAAUGGGCGAGACAGUCAAAGUUGUUUUAGAUCA